UGACGCGAACAACAAUAGAGCACUGUGUGUGUGUGUGAGAGCCGGCGUGAGCGGAUCAAUCAACCGAUCACAGAUCGAUCAGGAUGUCGUUUCAGAACAAGAAGAACUGCGCGAGACCCGCGGGCGAUCGUCUCAUCAUCAAAGGAGGGAAGGUUGUCAAUGACGACCAGUCGUUCUACGCUGAUGUUUAUGUCGAGGACGGGAUCAUCAAACAGAUCGGGGAGAACCUGAUCGUCCCGUCCGGCGUGAAGACGGUGGACGCUUACGGUCAGCUGGUCAUCCCCGGAGGCGUCGACGCCAACACCAGCCUGCUCGCUCCGCAGAAAGGCAUGAACCCCACUGACGACUUCUACAACGGAACCCGAGCGGCUCUGUCCGGAGGAACGACGACCAUCAUCGACCACGUGCUGGUGGAGCCGGGAACUAGCUUACUGACGGCGUUCGAUCAGUGGAAGGAGACGGCGGAGCAGAGGGCGUGCUGCGACUUCUCUCUUCACCUGGACAUCACGAGGUGGCACGACGGACUGUACGAGGAGCUCGAGUCGCUCAUCAAGGACAAAGGUGUGAACUCCUUCCUGUUCUUCAUGGCCUACAAAGACAAAUACCAGAGCUCCGACUCUCAGCUCUACGAGGCGUUUGGCAUCCUUCGGGAUCUUGGAGCCAUCGCACAGGUCCAUGCUGAGAACGGUGACAUCAUCGAUGAGGAACAGAAGAAGCUUCUUUGCCUUGGCAUCACGGGACCUGAAGGACACGUCUUAUCUCACCCCGAGGAGGUGGAGACAGAGGCGGUCUAUCGGGCCAUAACGAUUGCCAAACAGGCCAACUGUCCACUGUACGUUACCAAGGUGAUGAGCAAAUCUGCUGCUGAUGUCAUCGCCAAAGCCAGGAAGAAAGGUAUUGUGGUGUAUGGGGAGCCAAUCACAGCCAGCCUCGCCACUGACGGCUCUCAUUAUUGGUCCAAAGAUUGGGCAACGGCUGCUGCUUUCGUGAUGAGCCCGCCUCUGAACCCCGACCCUUCAACUCCACAGUACCUGAUCUCCCUGUUAGCAUGUGGAGACCUCCAGGUGACGUCCAGCGCUCAGGCGAGCUUCUCCACGGCUCAGAAAGCUGUCGGUAAAGACGAUUUUACUCUGAUCCCAGAGGGAACGAAUGGCAUUGAGGAGAGGAUGUCUGUGGUCUGGGACAGAGCCGUGUCUACAGGGAAGAUGGAUGAGAAUGAGUUUGUCGCAGUGACAAGUACCAACGCUGCUAAACUCUUCAACAUUUACCCGCGCAAAGGACGGAUCGCUGUCGGUUCGGACGCAGACAUCGUAGUCUGGAACCCAAAGGAAACAAGAACUGUUUCUGCAGAAACUCACAAUCUGACUGUGGAGGUAAACAUCUUUGAGGGUUUGGAGUUCCGCGGCGUUGCGACGGUGGUGAUCUGCGGUGGUCGCGUCGUUUUCGAGGACGGGAAACUCAAUGCGAACGAGGGAACGGGACGCUUCGUCGCCAGGAAGUCGUUCCCUGACACCGUCUACAAGAGGAUCCGAGCACGCAGCAAGAUGGCUGAAGCUCGCGGCGUUCCUCGAGGAAACUAUGAUGGUCCAGUCCAUGAUGUCAUCGGUAUGACUAACUCAGUACCCCCCACUCCGACCACCCGGGGCCCCUCCUGUCCCAAAUCUCUGAUCGCACCCCGAAACCUCCAUCGAUCAGGAUUCACACUGUCAGGAGCUCAGGUUGACGACCAUAUACCUCGUCGCUCCACUCAGAGGAUUGUGGCGCCCCCCGGAGGGAAAUCUAACAUUACCUCCUUAUCUUAGAACAAGAAGAGUUAAACUGUUAUUUUCUGUUUGACAACGACGAACAAAAUUCUUAAAAUGGAGGUCUGUACCUUGUACUAAACUCUCAAAACUAAGCACUUCAACUGGUACUCAACCUUGUUAAACCCCAGCACUUAUAAAACUUUAUACUAUAAAUCUAACAGUUCGACUUUAACCCCUACUUAAUGGCUAAAUCCGUUCAAACUCUGGAACUGUACCACUAGUACCUAACCAUAUAAAUUAAUGAAUUAAUCUAGUUUUGAAUCCUACAACUACCUUACCAGUGGUGCUAAACUGUAUUACGGUAUAAUUUUAUUAUAUGGACCCAACAACAACGCUGCCGCUGGUAUUAAACAACACAAAUCUGAAGAGUAUACAGCUAGUUCUCCACCCUAAAUAUGAAACAGUUUGGCAGAAAUGUCAAAACAGUAACUCGUUGUACUGAAUUCUUCAGUAGCAUUAAAUAAAUUAAUAUGAACAGAAACCUUUAAACCAUACGAAUUUUAAAUAACAAGAACUUAAACUUGUACUUACACUUACACUAUCCUACUGCUACUAGUGAAACCUAUGAAAGUGCUACUAGAACUAAAUCCAAGAUAAUGGAUUAGCCCCUGUACAACACCCUACAUAACAGUACUGUUCUCCUACAAACAAAGACAAAAACAUAGAGAGAUCUCACAAAUCCUUUCUGGACAUCUACAAGUAAACUGUCAAACUUAACUAAUGAUACACCAAAAAGAAGUGAACCCUACACAACUAAACAACCCUGAACGAUUUAGACAAUACAAUAUACUAGAGUAGAAUACGUUACCAGUUUGUUCCGUUCUACAUCUACUGCCAUCAAGUACCAUUGAAAGUUAAUUCUGGAACAAACAAAUAAAGCUCUUCCUUAGGGCUCCUUAUGAAGCUCCGCCCCCUAAUUUGAUUGCCAUAGAAACAACUCCAACAACUGACUAAUUAAAACAGAAUGGUUGAAGCCUGUUUAAUGAAGGAAGGUAGAGGUUUAAGCACAUCAACACCACCUUAUUUAAAUGGCUGUAAAGUUAAAACUACAACUAGUUUACCACCCCCCUCUAGUACUUUUUUACCACAUAACUGCAACAGGUACUCUACAUCCAGUACUUCUUCCUUCAACAAACGUCGUAAAUACUACUAAACCCAACAACCAAACCCAACCUAACAACAACCAAGACCAACAAACAAAACAAUUAUACAACAACAACCAAACCAAUUAUACGACUCGACCUAAAAGUAAAGAUGGUGGUAAUACUACUAAACCCAACCCAACAACAACCAAACCAACAAACAAAACAAUUAUACAACAACAACCAAACCAUUCUAUCACUCCAACUAAAAGUAAAGGUUGUAACACUACUAAACCCAACCUAACCCAACAACCAAACCAAUUAUAAGACUUGACCUAAAAGUAAAGAAGGUGGUUAUACUACUAAACCCAACCCAACAACAAACAAAACAAUUAUACGACUCAACCUAAAAGUAAAGAAGUUGGUAAUACUACUAAACCCAACUGAACCUAACAACCAAACCAAUUUUACGACUCGACCUAAAAGUACAGGUGGUAAUACUACUAAACCCAAAACCCACAACCCAACAACCAAAACAAUUAUGCAACAUCAACCAAACCAUUCUACCACUCCAACUAAAAGUAAAGAUGGUGGUUAUACUGCUUAACCCAAACCCAACCACCUAACCAAUUCUAUAACUCCAACUUAAAGUAAAAAAGGUGGUAAUGCUACUUAACCCAACCCAACAGCCAAACCACUUAACAACUUUUACUCAAAUUAACGCAGAUGAUACAACUUAAACAACUCAACAACAUACGAAACGUUCUUAUAAUAGUACCACAACAAUUCAGAUACUAAAUGUAACGACUUCUAAACAGUUACAAAACUACUUCUGAACCCUACCCUGAAUGUCCUUCGGGUGAGGUAGAACAAAGCUCCAACAACUAAUACUUAAUCGGUACAGCAUGGUUUCCACUUGUACUGACUGUUAUUGGUUUGAUUCUUGAGUCUAGUCAUUUGAAAUACUCGAGCACUUGACAUCAUUUCAUCUCAUCUGUCCUAAAACUUGUCAAACUCUCUUUGUCUACAUGAACUUUCUCGUGAACGCAGUAGUAGUACUAGUAGUUAACUACUUUAUACUGCUAUGGUAGCAGUAGCUUAGCAUAAAUACUUCUUGUGUACUUCUUCCAUUUUGUCCAUAAACUCAUUUUGCUUGUUGUAAAUUAAAUUCAUCUCAACCUGAACUCAUGAAAGUCUUUCUCUCAUAACCACAACAUGUUUUAUAUCUCAUUCGAGGUCUUUAAUCAAGACUCAACAUCCUCUUAGUCUAAACCACAUUUCUUAUGUAUCAGUGUGACACCAUAAUAAUAUUACUUCUACUAAUAAUAUAAUUCAAUCUUGUUCUGGAUCAUUGGUAGAGUAACAUGUUAAGUCCUGAUCAGUGUUGGCCUGGUUUAGUCUGGACUGACUGAGCUGGACUACAGAUCUAUUCAGGACCAACUCAGUAUCUUUGACUUUUUGAGUUACUGAUAAUGUGAAUUUUACUGAUAAUGUGAGUUUUACUGAUAAUGUGAGUUUUACUGAUAAUGUGAGUUUUACUGAUAAUGUGAGUUUUACUGAUGGAUAAAAAAACUAAAAAUGCAGUCCAGAAUUCAAUGGAAGAUCAGGUCUUUAGUGGACCUCAAAUCAUUUAGGUAAUGUAAAUGGUGCUAAUAAAUCCAGUGGAAGCCUGCAAGUAGCCAUCCCUUCAAAAAAAUGCCCUUCACAGGAAGUCAACAAGUUGACUCUGCCCCUGACAAAUUCCUAAAAGUAACUGACUAAUAAAGAAAGAAACAAAUAAAUAAAGCCCUGCCAUGAUGGAUGUAUCAUGAGAUACAGAUACUGGACUUCAAAACUGUUUUUUUCAACUUUUCCAAUUAAUUAAAAAUUAAAUGUUCUGACCUUACUGAUAACCAAUAAACCCAGAUUCCUUGUUUUGGCAGUCUGUGUGGAUCAACCCUGCAGAGGUCUUUAUUAUGGAGAUCUGUAUGAUGAGAUCUGAAUGACGGAGGUCUGUAUGAUGGGGGUCUGAUUGGUGGAGGUCUUAAUGUUGGAGGUCUGUAUGAUGGGGGUCUGUAUAUUGGAAGUCUCUACGAUGGAGGUCUAAAUGUUGGAGCUUUGUUUGAUGGAUCUUGAGGUCAGGGUUAGUUGUAGUACCCUGAUUGGCCACUAGGAUGAACAGAUCUGGAUAAAGUUCAGUAUCCCAUCUUUUAAUACAUCCAAAGGCAUCUUCCAACCCUCUGUGUGAUGUCAGAGCUGGUCCCUCCCCAUCGGUGUGAUGUCAGAGCUAACCCCUCCCCUUCCUGUUCUGGGAUGAUCUUUGAAGGGAUUUUUAACAGUGAAUUUUAUUCUUCAUAUCAUUUUGUAUUUUUUUUUACAGUUUUUGUAUCCUGGCAGUAUUAGCCACAGUUAGCAUAGUGCUAACAUACAGUUCAGUCUGCGGGACCUCAUGCAGACAUGUUUGUGUCAAAGGGUCUUGUUUAGAAAGAGAUGUGGCAUAGGACUAGAUUUGUUAUGCCCUUACAGGGAUAAUUCAGAAUAAAUAGCGUCUGUGCAGUAAGUAGAAGUGCAAUUUCUGCAGCUAGUUAGCUUAGCAUUUAGCAGCAUUUAACAGCUGUAGGAUCGUUGCUGCCAUGACAACAAAUAAAUACAAGGUGAAUGUCCAAAAUGGUGUCCUUAAUAAACACUGUAGUACAGAUUAAUACAGAUUAUAAUCCAACAUGGUGUCAUUAUCAAAGCCUCUGGAAACCCAACUCCACAAUAUGCUGUUCACCAUGUUAUUUUCAAAUUUAUUUACAUGAUUUUGGUCUCUCUCUCUUUUUGGAGAAACAGUGGGUCGGGUUUGGGUGAGUCGUGGCGCUCAUUCCCCCAAGACUGGUUAACCAAUUGUGCCCAGAAAGUUCUGGGGCUUUAAACAGCUUCGUCUUGCAGCAGUGUCCUGCCUCCCCAUGUGUGCCCAUUGAAAGAUGAUAGUUUUGGCUAGAGCUUCCACGCCCACACAGCCCGUAGAAAUGAUCUAAAACCAGCAAUAUAAGCUGUUCUUGCCCAGGUUUUGUAAUCUUUUUGAAUGUUUUUUUCCACUCUGAUUUUUGUAGAUGCUUAAUGAUUCAAUUUUGAUAUCAAAUAUGGAUUUUUAAUAUCUAAAGUCAAGUUUCCAGAGGCUUUAAACACUGUAGUACAGAUUAACGGGAGCAGAAUCAAAGAUGGCGGCUGUCUUCCUGCAGGCUGAGCUGUUUUGUAGCAGUCUGUGUGUUUCCGUCCUUACAGAUGCACUGGAGCCAACAUGGAGGACAGCCACUUUUUUUUUUAUACCUAGUAAUACUUUGCUGACUUGGCAGAGUGUGUAGGAAGAGAGGUUAUCGUGGCAACAGUGCAUCUGUUGUUGUUGUUCCUGUAGUGAAUGUAAAACUUGUGAUGAAAGUUGCAUGAAUAAACUGUGUUUAAAACACAA